AUGCUUUGGAUUCCAUUGAUGAUGCUUAGACGCCUUAAAAUGAUUUACAUUGAUGGUCUUGUGAAUGUGAUGGACAUUAGGAGUUUUACUGACAAUUUCAGCGCCCAGGCUAAAGCUCAAACUACCAUGGCAAGUGUCAUCAUGGCCGUCAAUGCCAGCAUCCUUGCUGUCCCAGGUGUAUUAUUUACAGGAGAAGAUGGCCAGUCUUGCUAUCAUCGCAAGUAUACCAAGUUUUUUGUACCUGACAAGUGCUUCUCCCGUGUGACAACGAGUCACGUUAUGUGUUCUAUGUGGGUUCCCUCACUCAAGAAGAGGUUAUCAAAGGUCGCUACCCACCCCCAUGGAUGCUGCAUUGACCACACUUUGGACCACCAGUGCAUCCAGCUUACCCUUAUGGCAACUAUGUUCAAGUGCCCUGUUGCUCAUCUGAUACAAGACACUGAUAGUUGGGGUUACCAGGUUGUUCAAUAUAUCUUGGAUCUCAACAAUCGUUUUAGUGAUGUUGUCAUUUGUCAGUUCACAGGCAAUGUUUAUGUGCCUUCUGUCCAGAAGUUUAACUCGAAUGUCAUUGAGAAAUUGCAGUGGGAGCAGGCCAACAUUGAGAACCUCAGCUUUCAUGCCCCUUAUGGCAUGAUGCUCAUGGGUAACUCUGGCCAUUGUGGUGGGAACCCCAGUUAUCAUGGUCACGGUCACCACAAUGCAGGGGCCUGGCACAUCCCCCAGGGAAUGCACCCUACCAGUGUUGCUGAUGUCUAUGCCCAGGGAGGCUUGUAUGGUAUCCAAGUACAAGGCUCCUACAGCCAUUCUCACCUUGGUCCCAAAAUGCACGGUCUUCAGGCGUGUUUGAUCAAUGGACAUUUCUUGCAAGGCACCUCUCCUCAUAGCAUUGCUGGAUAUGCUAAUGUGAAAAAUUCGCUUUUAUACUCCACAAUGGUGAGGGAUGACGAUAAUGCAUAA